AUGAGAGCAUUUAUCGGUGAUGAAAUAGUAAGCAAUGGUCAUGCAUUGUUCGAUAAUGGUUAAGUCAGAGAUGGAUAUAUUUUACACUUGGAAUAGCAUUUAGAUAGGAUGUACAAAGGUGCCAAAAAUAUCAGAAUGGAUUCUAAUAUGCCUCAUACUAGAGAUGAGAUUAGAUAGAUAGUCAAGAAUGUAGUGGCUUUGUCGUAGAGUAGAAAUUGUGCAAUCAGAUAUUUCCUCAGUGGGGGUGUAAAUGGAAAAGAACCCUAAUUCUACAUUAUUCUUGAAGAAGGAGUUCCUGUGAAGCCAAUUGAUGGGACUAAAGACUUCACAUUUGUGAAUCCAUUUGAAAAGGAUGAGCUUAUGAGAAUGAAGACUACAAAUAACAUUGAGCUAUGCACUUUCAAAAAGAUCAUCAGUGAGAAGAACAAAUUAGCUUUUGGGAUUAUCUAAAGAUCUGAUCAAGCCUUAGAGGUAUAAAACUACUUACAAACCCUAAAUGAUUCGAUUCUUAUAUUGGCUAUUAGAGACCAAGAAAGACUUAAUUUUCAUUUUGAAGGAGGAGUUAAGAGAGUAGAUGACGAUAAAUUGCUUUUGAUUCAGGAACUAUCUCAAAGAGGCCAUGCUAUUCAUGACAAUCAAAAAAUAGUGGUCUUUAGGGAUGAUGAAAUGACUGAAUUUGUGACUAACUUUGUUGGGUUAUUCAGAUUAGAAGAGUCACGAGUAUUUCAGAUCAGUUCAAUUAAUGAAACUCAGCUACCUCUGGAUGAGGAUACUUAUCAGAUUUUAAAUGAUGCUUGGACUUAGGUCUUAUCUAGAGAUAUCUUGAUUAUUUGA